AUGCCAAUCCAGGGGGAAAUCCCCCUGAACUGUUUCACUUAUAUUGUCUCAUUUUAUAGCCGAGUCUUUCAGACCAUGGAUAAAAAGAGGCAUAGUUUUGUGAUGGUGGAUGGCUGUGUAUUUUUCUUUAGUGAAAGAGUCUUGGAAACCCAGGCAUUCUCUGCUGAGACUAGUGAACUCUCUCGUUUGCCAUGUAACAACGCCAACGGUCAGAUAGGCACCGGUGCUUCCACGAAAGCCCUUUUAUUGGGAAAGCCUAGGAAGCAUGAGAAAAGGCAAAUGAAGGAACAUGUAAUUGCUAUGAGACAUACUGAAUUGGAGGAAGUCAAGGAUAAUUCAGAAGCUAUGGAUUCAAAAGAUCAAGGUUCAACUGUUUCUCAUUACAUAAGUAUUUGGAACAAUGAGGGAAGGUCCAGCUCUCAAAACUUGCAAAAGAAUUGGUGUCAUCAAGUGCGGAUUGUUCUUUCGGUUGAUGCUUUAGUGUGUAUUGUGUUAUUCCUAGUUUGGUUAGGUUCUUCAGCAUUCAUUUAA